UCUCUCUCUCUCUCUCUCUCUCUCUCUCUCUCUGGCUUCACUGCUUCAUGUCUUCACAUGCCAAAGUAUUCAAUAGCUUUUACCAAAAAAAAAAAAAAAAAAAGUAUUCAAUAGCUUCCAAGUACACUCUCUUCUCUUCUGUGAGCACAAUCACUAUUCACUCCUCUCCACUUCUCUGAAACCCAGAUGGAGAUAAAUCCAGAAAUGGCACUUACCCAGAUGAGGGAAUCUGUUCAGAAGCUUGGGUCUUCAGCUGAGAAUCAUGGAGAUCAAACGCUUAUGAGGUUCUUGAUAGCAAGAUCAAUGAACCCAGAAAAGGCAGCUAAGAUGUUUGUUCAAUGGCAAAAAUGGCGAGCUGAGUUUGUUCCUUUAGGGUUCAUUCCUGAAUCCCAAGUACCAGAUGAAUUGGCUAGUCGGAAGAUCUACUUACAGGGCCUUUCAAGAAACGGACACCCAGUCAUGAUUGUCAAAGCCUGCAAGCAUUUUCCUUCUGGAGAUCAUCCCCAACUCAAGAAAUUUGUGGUGCAUAUACUGGACAAAACCAUUGCAAGUUCUUUCAAGGGAAAAGAAAUAGGAAAUGAGAAGUUGAUUGGCAUUCUUGACCUGCAACAAAUUACGAUCAAGAACAUAGAUGCUCGUGCUUUAAUUACUGGAUUUCAGUUUUUACAGGCUUACUAUCCGGAGCGCUUGGCGAAAUUGUUCAUCUUGAGCAUGCCAUGGUUUUUUGUGAGUGUUUGGAGAAUGGUUUCCCGCUUCCUAGAGAAGGCAACUCUUGAAAAGGUAGUGAUAGUCACCAAUGAAGAAGAGCAUAAAAUUUUCCUGGAGGAAAUCGGAGAAGAUGUUUUGCCAGAAGAAUAUGGUGGACAAGCGAAGCUUGUAGCUCUCCAAGAUGUUAUACUUGAACAUUUCCCAGCAGAGAAUUGAGAAUAUUUUAGGAGAGAUCCCUCAGGAAGGGCUACUGUAUUUCCUGUCAAGUUCGGAUAAUUUGAUAUUCAUGCCAAUACAGGGUAGAGUACAGCAGAAAGGGGUAACCAUAUACCAAUCCCACGUUGAAGAAACACCUUAUUUGAUGGGAUCACUAAGAGCCUAAAGCGCCGGUCCAAGUUCAGAGAGGUUGGACGAAAAUCUGCUGGAAAAACUACGUUUUUUUUUUUUUUGGUGGAAAAUCUAUCAAACAACAUCAAGCAGUUGAAAACUGAUACAUAAAAUUUGAAGAUGUACAUAUGUAUAACCAAUAAUUCGAGACGAUAUACAAUUUGUAUGGAAGCGAAACCCUAGAUCAUCUAUCA